AUGAAUGCAGGAUCAAAGUUUUCGAGGGAUAAUCGAGCGUAUUGGCUUGGAAGGAAUCACAGAAUCCUCGAUUGGUUAUUGUACGAGAGGUCUUCAAUCAUAUGUUUGCAGUUACAAGCUUGGCCGUACCAACAAUCUGGCGAUGGUCUUACGGCUGUUCAGAAGGACUAUUUCAGAGUUUUGAACUUGAGAGAUUUGCUUUUCAACGAUUGUGGUGACAGAGUCGCGCAGUUGCUUCACGUAGAAUUAGUUCCUCCUUACUCUCAGUACGAUGCUCAUCAACAAGUCUUGAUCGUCAACACUCAUUUGCUCUUCCCUCAUGACUCAACACUGUCCAUAGUACGAUUGCAGCAGGUAUAUAAGAUUCUUCAAGAUUGGAACGGGAGAAAGAGAGGACAUGUCUACAAGUUUCUGUGGUCACAGGAGUUUGUGUCGUCGUACGACACUGCUCAUCCGUACACAGAUCCAGAUGCUCACAAGUGGGUGAGCCACCGGAAUCAUCGUGGUAACAUAUGCGCUGUUGAUUUCAUAUGGCUUCUUAAUCCAAACCGGUAUAGAAAGCUUCUGAAAACAAGUUGGAGUGAGGCAGUGUUUGGCAUGUUCAGGUAUUUACUGAGGCGAGCUUCACUAACAGCUGAAGAUGCUUUUGCCUUUCUGAAAACCGACAAUGAUGGUGACCACAUACAUUCAUGGGCUUCUCUCAAUCUAACGGGUCACUGCAAUGGACUCACCACAAAAGAGAUUAAAGAUCUGUGGGUUCAAGCUGACACUGAUGGAAACGGUCUUCUAGAUUACAAGGAGUUUCAGCAAAGAAUAUGGAACCAAAACUGGUCGGAACAGAGAGAUGCAGCGGACGGAGAAGCAAAGGGUAAUCAAGAACAAACGGUUGGAUUCAGCGUCAAGAACGCAGUUUUGUUUCCUCCGGAGGUCGAAAAAGGGAUGUGGCCGGAAAAUUACUCUCUCUCAGAUCACGCGAGACUCACCGUUGUAUUCUCUCCGAUAAGAAUGCCUUGCUCUCAAUUGGUUUCAUGA